UUGCUUGUCUGACAUUCUUCGAAUUAUCCCUAGGCCAUAUAAAACGCACUGAUAUCAAGCAACCACAUUAAAACUGCCCGAAUUACCAGAUAACGAAGGUUUCUCGUGGUUGUCGAAGACGUUGUCACAUGACUGUCACAUGGGCAGUAAGUUUCAAGAUGGCAGAUAAGUGGUCAGAACGGCCUGGAUACGACAACCCCGUGAUUUGUUGUCACCUGGGUUUAUCAGGGCCGUGAACACCCCCUGCUGCACGUGCUGCGUUUUCGAGUCUAUGUUUAGAUUGAAGCAGGCGUCUCGAUGACAAAGGUUAUUAUUACAAUAACAAGGGGAGCGCACGCUCUUGUCUACACGAGAAUAUAUAUAUUUUCUGACUUUGUUGCGUUUCAGUCGAAAACAGCCUGUGAUUUAGAUGAGAUAAUUGCAGUAACGGAAGAAACAAGAAGCGUAGACGAGCAGAGCGAUAAUAGCACUAGUAGAGAUAAGAGUGGCCUUGUUUUUGCAGGUCAUAAGAACAGUUAACACAAGAAGAAGGAAGCCAUUAUACAUGUAUGAGAACUCCUAAUCCCUGGCUGCAAAAGAGAACUAUUAUCAGCUUCAACACAUUAACACCUGUGAUGAACACAAUACUCACUUCAAUUUGUGAUAUUUAAGGAGAUAUUUUAUAGCUAUUUUACAUAUAUUGUGAUAUUAUUAAAAAGAACUCCACAUCGCCUAUGGAUGAUUUUGACUUUUCCUCUGCUUUUGGAAACGAUGCUGGCUGCGAUGAGAGACAAAGAGGAUAUGGCAGGCACCAUUCGCUAUCAACGACCGAGGAGGGAUUCCUCACACCUCAUGGAAGCGAUGAGGAUUUACGUGAAGUGGGAUCAAGUAAAGAUUCUGCGGCGCAACUUGGAAAAUACUCAGGCAAAGUUGAAACCAAAAAGGAUUUGUUGUCUCCAUUUAGGACCCUCAAUGUACCAAGUUUAUCCAAUGAUAAUGACAGGUCUCAGGGCAUAACCAGGCCAAUAAACAGGUCUCCUGGGGUUAAUAUUUUAUUUGGUAACAGUAAGGGAGACUAUGACAGAAAGCAACCUAAAAAAGAGGCUGCAAGUUUAUCUGAUGAUGCUCAGUUUUGUACCCCUCAGGAUGACUAUAUGAAAGACCCUAGAGUUCAUCAAAUGGGCCACUCUGCUUCCAAUGAUAUUUAUGCCUUCUCUACGCCAAACAGCAGCCUCCCAAGUUCAAGAACAGACACCCCUCUUUCAAUACAAUUUGGGACACCACAAAGCUUUCACAGUUUAAACCCAAACAACCCUAGCAGAGACAGUCCUGUUUAUUUUACAAAAAGCUCAGACACAAUACCUACUUCUACCAUAACCAAAGUGAAUGUGAAUGGACACAAUGAUGACGUAUAUGUGAGAGUCCCAAUCCCUUCUCCUCUCCCUUCUCUCGCUGCUCCAGUACAAAACAAUGUAGGUGGUUCCAGUUCUGCUGGGGGAGAAGAGGAGGGGGGUGGGGAGGUGGAGGUUAACACAGAAGAGGCAUUCUCUUUCAUGAGAAUGACCAGAGUUCAAAAGAUUAUAUUUGUCAUCAUGUCUCUCAGUAAUUUCGCUUCAUAUCUGUGUUUGUCAGUGCCAGGACCUUUUUUUCCAGAAGAGGCCAAGAAGAAAGGACUUAAUAACACACAAUCUGGAUGGGUUUUUGCAGUGUUCUCCCUGACACAGUUUUUAGUCUCACCUGUGUGUGGAAAGCUUCUGCCAGUUGUGGGCUCCAGGUUUAUGUUUUUAAGUGGCACCUUUCUGGGCGGAGGCUGUGUUAUAAUAUUUGGUAUGUUAGAUAAGAUCAAUUUCAACGAUGGGGGGAUGAUGUUUUUGGCAUUUUGCCUGGUGACCCGGAUCUUCAUGUCCAUUGGUUGCACAGCUGCCACCACCGCUGCCUUCGCAAUCUGUAUAAACUCAUUUCCAAACGCCGUUGCAACAGUUUUGGGAGUGUUGGAGACUUUCACAGGUCUGGGAAUGAUGCUGGGCCCGGCCAUUGGAGGCGUCUUGUAUGAAGCUGGUGGAUACAUGUUGCCAUUCCUGGUGCUAGGUAUAGUCAUGGUCAUCACAGUGCCCAUUACAUUUGUGCUUCUACCCAAACAUGAAGAUAAGGACCAGUCUUCCAAUGGCUCCAUGUGGCAGCUACUGAAGAGCCCCUCUGGACUGGUCAUCUGUCUGACCAUCAUGAUGUCUGCUAUAGUCUGGGCAGCACUGGACCCCACCCUGCAGCCGCAUCUUGAAGAUUUUGACCUGAGUGCAGACAUUAUUGGGUUGGUUUUCCUGUUGAGCUCAGCAUUUUAUGCCAUAACGUCACCAAUCUGGGGGAAAAUUGCAGAUAAGAUGUACGACAGUAAGCCCCUGGUCAUAGUAGGACUCCUCAUCACGGGGCUAUGUUGCUUACUCCUGGGACCUUCUCCUAUAUUAGGCUUUCCCAAAGACUAUCAUGAGUUGUGGCUGGACCUAGUGUCAGUGUCAGUAAUGGGGUUGUCAGUCAGCAUGUCAGUUGUACCGACCUUUGACCUCAUGAUGUGGGUGGCAGAGGACGCAGGGCUAGAUGAGAGUAUAGGGACAUAUGGUCUAGUAGCAGGGCUUUGGACAGCUGCAUAUGCCUUAGGAGAAUUUAUAGGCCCAGUAGCUGGUGGAUACUUUCUAGAUACAGUUCAGUUCACGGGGGAGAUGAACUUUAUUGCUUUGGGCUGUGCAGUGGUUUCUGUUUUAACCUUCCUUCUUUGGCUCUAUGAAAAGUUAUGCAAGAAAGGAGAGGAAGAAGAAGAGGAAGAAGAAGAGAAUUCUGGGAAAAAUGAGGAAGACACAAGCCCUCUUUUGACCUCUUAUGAUAUUCUCACAGCCUCAACCAAUACACGACCCAUGUUAAAUGUCAGUCAUUUGCCAUCUACUGGCUAUUUCCAUGAACCCUAGUCAGCCUUAACUGUAGGAAAAUGGUCUAUUUGAGUUCAACAAAUUGGCAUAUGGAGCCUGCAUGAGGUUGUAUUUUUUCCCAAAAUAUAUUGCUGGUGAAACUUAAAGUAGCAAUAAAUUGUUUGUCCCAGGAUUUUGAAAAUCUUCUAGUUGGACAAGAGGCUGAUGCUGCCAAUCCUUUGUUUUGUUCUUCUCAUCUUGAGGUUAUGGAGGAUUUAAAACUUCCCGUAACAGAAAAAAGGAGAGAUUUGAUUGGGAGAUGCUGUUCAGGAAGGCCUGUAAGGAAAAUGGUAACUGAAGAAAUUGACUUGUGAUGUGCUGAAAGCUACUAGUCUUGUCAUUUCAUGUGAAGGUUAUUACAUUUAUUUUGUGGAUCAAAGAAAAUUGCUGAUGGCCAAAGAGACAUUUAUGAUUAAAAUAUAAGCAACUGUGUGAUAAUUAGCUCUAUUCCCAUUGUAUACCUCUUAUUUAACUUUUCAGGCAUAAGUUUGAAUGUUGCCAAGUAAGAAGUCAGUUUCAAAAAUAUGAUAUGUUAUAUAUUCCAAAAGAACAGAACACGACAGAGUUUUGCCAAAGUAAAAUUACAUAUCUGUUUUAUUUUAUCAUAAAAUAAGGGGAUUUUUUUUAUUUUAAAGUUUAAUUUAAAAAUUUUAUGGAUAUUACUUUUAAUCACACUAGAUUAUUUCAUUUCAAGUAAUUUAACUUGCUAUGUAAUUUGAACAAAACCUAUUACUUAAUUUAUUGAGUUAUUCACAAUUGAUGGUUAUUGCUCAUUAAGAAAAGAUCUGUCAUAUAUAUCAAUGGAUUGAUAUUAUAAAAUUUUCUAUUUCAUUUUGUAGAUACUGGUAAUUUCAGAACUGAUAACAUAUUUUCAAAGGCAAUGUUAUCAAUUUUUAAUAAGUUCAAGGAAUGUUUACGUUGUUCUAGAAUUUGAUGCUGUAAAAAAAUUAUGAGUCGGUGUUGGUUGUUAGAGUUCUCUUAGUUGAUGUGAUAUAGCACAAGAAUCUUGUCAUUAUAUGAACAAAUUUGCAGUCCCAAAGUAUCCAAGAUUUGCAGUCGAUUGUAAUCAUAAAUUGUAUUUGUGUUCCUUAAAGAUAUCAUACAGUAUUUAUAUAUCCUGAUGAGUGGGGGUCAUUUAAUAUUUUCUCAUGAAUUAAACUAAACAAGAUUAUAGAUGAUAAAAGAUUACAGACCACCAUUGUUCUUAAUUCCCUGCAGUAGAAAUUCCCCUUGGUAAAAAUAAGGCAUAAUAACAAACAAAUUUAAUUCUUGAUUUUAAAACUUAAGUAUAAAUACAACAAUUUUUUAUCUCCAGUCAUCAUUUUAUUAAGGAUGAAAGGGAGUAAUGCUGCAGGAAUGUAUCACUGUGAGCAACUGCAUAAUUUUGUCAGAGGGAGAUGUUUGGAGGAUGGUGACAGAGAGAUUUUAGAUAGGGUGUAACGAAACUGAGGGUACGUGAAACAGAAAGUCUGCCCUCCAUUUAGUUAUAAUGGUUAGAGUUAGCCUGACCUAAGUGGGUUGAAAUGUAGGGCAAGUGAAUGUGACAUGGACUUUCUAUCAUACCGAACUUUCUGUCAUAUUACAAGGGCACCAAAGUAUCAAUGUCAGGUAUUUUUAUUUGAGGAAUUUUAUCAUUUUUAAGGUCUGGUUUUGGAAAAAUAAGUAGCUUUGCAGAUUAUACAAUCAUUAAUCCCAACUUUUUUCUCAUAUUUAAAAUUUUACUUUCAUCAUUUUUAAAGGAAACGUGCCAUAUAUGUGGUAUUCAAGAACAAAAAGUGUAUUACCUCUUGAAAUAAAGAUAAAAGGAAAAUAAA